AUGGUGAGUAGAAUUAGUUUAAAGAAUGAUGAUGGGAAAUCUGAUGUUGAAGAAGCAAGACCACGGGUACUUGAUGAUGACAUGGUAUGGUCGAUAUCCAAUUAUCUAAAUCCGGUAGAUAACAUACAUUUCCGUGCAGUUUGUAAAACCUUCCGCUCGAUAAUUCCCUUGCUGAAUCCGAGAGGAUCCUUUCCUGCUAAGUGUUUACGAGCCACCAAUUUGUCCCCUUGGCUGGUUCUCUCCAAGAAUAACGAAGCCGUCUACAGUUUCAUAAAUCCAAUGCAUAAUAAUGAGAAUUACCUCAUGAGCAUCCCUGAAUUGUUAAAAGGUUCUACGAUUCGCUCUUCAAAAGGCGGUUGGUUACUCAUGUCAAAAGGUUACUAUACUGUGUUCUUCUACAAUCCAUUCACAAAAGAAACCAUCAAACUACCGGACUUGCCAGAAAGUGCUGGUGUUUAUUGGUCUUUCUCGUCCUUGCCAACCUCUUCAGAUUGCGUUGUUUUUGCCAUCAGUGAUUGUAUGGUGGAAUUAGUAUGCAUCACCCUCAUUAAACGAGGGGAUGAAGAGUGGAAAAAUAAUAUCUUUGAUAAUGUUCAUUUAUCUCCCAAUAGAACAAACAUGAGAUUCCAGCCGAGUUUCAACAGUCCAAUUUUCUACAACGGAGCUUGUUAUUGCUUGGAUGUGAACGGAACUUUGGGAGUAUUUACAUUAGAGAAUGGCGCACAGUGUUAA